AAUGUCAAAAUAUCAAAAUAUGCAUUUCGCAUUUUUAAAAACAUAAAUGAUAUUAAUUAAAUUAUUUGACUUAAUAAUAACAUUGACAAAGUAACUUUUGAACGGUCAUUGCCGUAUGUAACGUUAACGCAAAAGUGAAACAAGAUACUUCUUAUUUUGGUCGUAUUGGUAUAAGAUUAAGUUAAUGUCAACAUUCAGGUAUUAGAUAAUGGACGUGGACGAGUCGAUAGAUCCGAAAGAAUUGAAAGUUACCCUUGAAACAUAUAAGAAAUUGGCUAAUGAUUUUGCAAACCACGACACGAUUUUAAAGGAUAAAACAGUUUUGUCAUAUGUAGCAUAUAUCUUAGAAGUACCAGAUAUUGAAAUUGUUAAUUUGGGCUUAGAUAUCUUGGAAUUAUUUGUAAAAAAUGUGGAUAAUUAUGUACACAUAACUUCUACUUUUGGAGUUCGUGAAGCUUUAGAUGCUGUUAUAAAUAAGUACAAUAUAGAUGAACCAAAGAUAUCUGCACGAGCACAGUCCAUAAAGAACGAUAUAGAAAGAAUGAAGCCCCCAAUAUAUAACUUGCACAGUAGAUGUCGAAGAGUCAUAGAACCUAAGAAACUAAAAACUCAUGUUAUUGUGUUACAUGUGCAAGGUUUAUUGCCGGAAACCCGAGCAGAGUUAGAGGCAAUACUAAUAAGAAUUAAUGGAUUAGUUUCUCUUGUUGUUGAUGUAGAACAUCAACGUGUUACAAUGCGUACAUUAAGUUAUGUCACAGCCAAACAAAUUGCAGAAGCUAUUCAAAAGAAUUCAGAAAAUAUGGAAGCAAGAUUAGUGACACGAAAUAAAUUUAAUCAGGAAUAUCUUGUUAAGUUGGUGCAUACUGGAAAUAAUGCUGAUACUGAUGAUAUGCCAGAUUACUUGCCUGAAGAAGAUGACCAAGAGGAUGAAAAAGAAGGAGUUGUAUCAUUAUUUACUGGAUUAAGACAAAGUGCUUCGUCCUUGUAUAAAUCUACUGCUGAAUUUCUUCAUAAUUCAUUUUACUGGUAAAUUUAUAAGUUAUAGUAUAUCAAAUAUAAUUUUUCGCCCUGUUAUCUGAACAAUGUGUGAAAUUGAAAUUUCAUGAAAAAGUACUCUUAUUAUAUUUGAAAUUAGUUUAAUCACUGAUUUAACAGUAAUAUUGGGAUACUUUUUCGUUUGUGUCUUCAUUUCGAUAUUAGAAUAUUAAAGUUGCAUAUAUUUAUUUUUAAUAUAAAAAUCAU